AUGAAUAUCGAAUUGACACCAACAGAACUAAUGGAAGCUGAAUUGGAAGACCUAAUUGAAAUGCAGCAAUAUAUCAUCUUUGAGGCAUGCAAAGAAACAGGGGAAGAAAACCAAUAUACAGCUAUAUAUGACAUUCAAUCUGAAGACCAAAAUGAUGAAAUAGAAAAAGUGAAUAAUAAUUCAGUAGAUAGAGAAAACUAUACAGUUAUUAAAAAGCCAAGAAUCAUGAAUAUAGAAGUUACAAAAGAAGAUAUUCUAGAAGACCUAAAAUUUGAUAUCUGGAAGCAGGUGGAAGUGUUUUUUGCAGAAUAUGAGGCACGAAAUAGAUUUAGUAUUAAUAAAUAUAGGAUAGAACAUAGUAAAACUAGCGAAAUUCAAAAAAGAACUUUUAUCUGUGAGUUUGGAAUUACUACGUUCAUUAAUAAGCAUAACCAUAAGCUUUUAGUAGAAACUCGAGAAUUCGAAAUUAAGUUUAGGUUAUUAAGUGAGGAUGCCUUAAAGGAAAUAGAAAUAAUGACUAAGCAUGCAAAUCUUUUAAUUACUGUUCAAAGAAGUCUCCUUAAAGCCCGCUUUCCUGAUUUAAACUUUCAAGAUACUGACCUUGAUAAUGCAAUUCAAAAGUUUAAAAGAUCUGAUAAAAUAUCAGAAGAGAAUAUUGUAUUUAGCUAUAAAGAAGGUAUACUUGAAUCAGAUCAAAAUGGUGUUACAAUUUUACCCAUACACAAGCUAGCUACUAUGCCAACUAUUGUUUCUGUCAUGAAGAAUACCAUUCACAAAAGGCAACAAUAUGGGCGAAUCUGGAGACUUGUGCGUGAAGCAACGUUGCUUGCUGUAGAGAAUAAUGAUGAUGAAAUAGUUCCAAUCUUGAGAAAAUAUAUCAGCGAGAAAAAAAAUCAAGCACAAAGUAAUGCCAUAGACCAAACAAUAGAAACCCCAGCUGAAUGA